ACAUUUUCUUCCUUCAACAUCUCCACAAUCCCAAUUCCUAACACACACACACACACAACAUUAAUUGGAAAACAAAAGGUCGAAAAGAUAAAACACAGAUUAAUUAUUCAAGUGUAUCUGAUCUGGUUCAGAUCAGAUCGAAGAAGACGCCAAGACGGAGGGGGGAGAAGCAGAAUCAAUGGCUCGAGGGAAGAUCCAGAUCAGGAGGAUCGAGAAUCAGACAAACAGGCAGGUCACCUACUCCAAGAGAAGAAAUGGCCUCUUCAAGAAAGCUCAUGAACUCACUGUACUUUGCGACGCCAAGGUCUCCAUUAUCAUGAUUUCCAGCACUCAGAAACUUCACGAAUACAUCAGCCCCUCCACCACGACUAAACAGAUGUUUGAUCAGUAUCAACAGGCUACUGGAAUCGAUAUCUGGAAUACUCACUAUGAGAAAAUGCAAGAACACUUGAAGAAGAUGAAGGAGAUCAACAGGAAUCUGCGAAGGGAAAUUAGGCAAAGAAUGGGAGAGAGCUUGAACGAUCUGGGGUAUGAACAGAUGGUCAAUUUAAUUGAAGAUAUCGAUAAUUCCCUCAGGCUGAUUCGUGAAAGAAAGUACAAAGUUAUUAGCAACCAGAUUGAUACCGGAAGGAAAAAGUUAAGGAAUGUUGAAGAGAUACACAGAAACCUCCUGCUUCAAUUUGAGGCAAGACAAGAGGAUCCACAGUAUGGAUUAGUCGAAAAUGAUGGCGACUAUAAUUCAGUUCUUGGAUUUCCAAAUGGAGUCGGGCCUCGGAUUGUGGCACUUCAUCUUCCACCCGACCACCACCACCACCACCACCACAGUGCCGCCAUGCAGAGUGGCGCCUCCGACCUGACAACAUUUGCUUUGCUCGAUUAG